GGGAAAUUUAAGCGGGGGGCACAGUUUCUAACAGAACUUGCACCUCUGUGUAAGAUUUACUGCUCUGAUGGAGAAGAAUACACCAUAUCUAGCUGUGUUAGAGGACGGUUGAUGGAAGUGAAUGAAAACAUUCUCCAUAAGCCAUCUAUUCUUCAAGAGAAGCCAUCCACCGAAGGAUACAUUGCAGUUGUGUUGCCCAAGUUUGAAGAAAGUAAAAGCAUAACAGAAGGGUUACUGACACAAAAACAGUAUGAAGAAGUCGUGGUGAAACGCAUCAAUGCCACAACAGCGACCUCAUGAGGAUUAAGACUGAGUGAAAACAACAGGGCAUUCUUAUUCUUACCUGGCCUACCAGUCAGUGCACUAAGGAAGAACCAGAGAUGCUGAAGCAUACUUCACACCCAGCCAUCCGCAGGGAGGCCUGAUUGAAAACCUGACCUAGGUUUCCUUCUUUGUCUUGCAUAACAAGCCUUGAUUCCAUUUUGUCUUCAACCUCCCAGAUCUGCCUGCCCACGUACUCACUCUGUUCUUUUGCUUUUCUCUUUCUAACAACUGGCAAGCGACAGACGUUUUUCUGAUUAAAAACCAACAAAAAAAGCACUUUGAGGAAAAUUUGAAAAAGACAGAAAACACAGCAAAAUAAAAAAUAAUUUACCCAUCAUCCUGUAACCCGUUAGUAAAUACUAGGUUUUGAUGUGAUUCUGUUUGAGUAUUAUGUCAUGGUUAUUGUUUUUGCCUCAAUUUUCCAUCACUUUGAAGUUGAAAAACAACAACUGGCCUUUCUUACCCAAUCUGCUUCAGUGUGACACGACCAAAACGUCUGGUCCCACCCCUUCUGCCCCAACUCCCCCGCUCAGGUUGCUGGGAAGAGGCAGGGUGUAGAGUGUACCUUCUCUAUGUCUAUGGGUCGGCCUUCAACUCUGAACAAUGUAGCACUGUAACACUGGUUUCUUAAUGAGGGACACAUGAAGAGGCUUUGAAAGGGGCUUUGCUAACAUGGAAGUAUCAAUAUUAUAAUGCUGUAUGAAGUAACAUGUGCAUUUGUGGUCACUCAGUCUCACA